AUGCCUGACUUACGCAAGAGGAAAGCCAUCCCUCUCGUCCGAGACCUGGCAAUGUCCCUUGUCCAGAACUCUCGAAAAGCAGGUAUCACUUCUGCUAUGGCCUCCAGCACACUUAACAAUGAAGAAUUGAAGAGUCACGUCUAUAAAAAGUCCCUGCAGGCUUUGAUCUACCCCAUUUCCUGUACUACACCACACAACUUUGAGGUGUGGACGGCCACCACCCCCACCUACUGCUACGAGUGCGAGGGGCUUCUGUGGGGCAUCGCUCGUCAGGGCAUGCGCUGCACCGAGUGUGGGGUCAAGUGUCACGAGAAGUGUCAAGAUUUGCUUAAUGCAGAUUGUUUACAGAGGGCGGCGGAGAAGAGCUCUAAGCAUGGAGCUGAGGAUCGCACGCAGAACAUCAUCAUGGUGUUGAAAGACCGCAUGAAGAUCCGUGAACGCAACAAGCCUGAGAUAUUUGAGCUGAUUCAGGAUGUGUUUGGAGUCAUCAAGGCAACACACGUGGCACAUAUGAAGCAGGUCAAGCAAAGCGUCCUGGACGGGACGUCCAAGUGGUCAGCCAAGAUCAGCAUCACCGUAUUAUGUGCCCAGGGCCUGCAAGCAAAGGACAAAACUGGCUCCAGUGAUCCCUACGUUACGGUGCAAGUAGGCAAGACCAAAAAACGAACCAAGACCAUCUACGGCAACCUCAAUCCUGUAUGGGACGAGAGCUUCAAUUUUGAGUGUCACAACUCUUCCGAUCGGAUCAAAGUGCGUGUUUGGGACGAGGAUGAUGAUAUUAAGUCCAGAGUAAAGCAGAAGUUCAAACGAGAGUCUGACGAUUUCCUCGGCCAGACUAUCAUUGAAGUUCGAACGCUGAGUGGAGAAAUGGACGUCUGGUACAACCUGGACAAGCGAACAGACAAGUCUGCUGUAUCUGGAGCCAUUCGUAUGCACAUCAGUGUGGAGAUCAAAGGAGAGGAAACUGUAGCUCCAUACCACGUCCAGUACACUUGCUUGCAUGAGAACCUUUUCCACUAUCUAACGGACAUCCAGAAUAAUGGGGUGGUGAAGAUACCAGAUGCCAAGGGUGAUGAUGCAUGGAAGGUUUACUUUGAAGAGACGCCUCAAGAAAUCGUAGAUGAGUUUGCCAUGCGUUACGGAGUGGAGUCCAUUUAUCAAGCUAUGACACAUUUUGCCUGUUUGUCAUCAAAGUACAUGUGUCCUGGAGUGCCUGCGGUCAUGAGCACCCUACUGGCCAACAUCAACGCUUACUACGCUCACACAACCCAGGCCACCAACAAUGUGUCUGCCUCUGACCGUUUCGCUGCCUCCAACUUUGGGAAAGAGCGAUUUGUCAAGCUUCUGGACCAGCUUCACAACUCCCUGAGGAUUGACCUCUCUAUGUACAGGAAUAAUUUCCCAGCUAGCAGUCCAGAGAGACUGCAGGACCUCAAAUCUACUGUGGACCUACUAACCAGUAUCACAUUCUUCAGGAUGAAGGUCCAAGAGCUCCAGAGUCCUCCUCGUGCCAGCCAGGUAGUGAAGGACUGUGUGAAGGCUUGCCUCAACUCUACCUACGAAUACAUUUUCAACAACUGCCACGAGCUGUAUAGUCGAGAAUACCAAACAGACCCGAACAAAAAAGGUGAGGUUCCUCCAGAGGAACAAGGUCCAAGUAUCAAGAAUCUAGACUUCUGGUCUAAGCUAAUCACCCUCAUUGUUUCAAUUAUUGAAGAGGACAAGAACUCCUACACCCCCUGUCUUAACCAGUUUCCGCAGGAGCUCAAUGUUGGAAAGAUCAGCGCAGAGGUUAUGUGGAACCUGUUUGCCCAAGAUAUGAAGUAUGCAAUGGAAGAGCACGAAAAGAACCGCCUGUGCAAGAGUGCCGAUUACAUGAACCUGCACUUCAAAGUAAAGUGGCUUUACAAUGAAUACUGCAAAGACCUGCCUUUCUUCAAGAGCCGAGUGCCUGAAUAUCCCACGUGGUUUGAGCCAUUUGUCAUCCAGUGGUUGGACGAGAAUGAGGAGGUGUCUCGAGACUUUUUGCACGGAGCCCUGGAGCGUGACAAGAAAGAUGGGGUUGUAUCGCUGAGUACGAAUUCUGUAGAAACAUCCUGGGUCGCUAUGUUCGAAGAGGCUGGCAAACUGUUGGACGUCUUCUCGCAGCUUAAUCAGAGCUUCGAGAUCAUUAAGAAGCUGGAGUGUCCAGACCCACAGAUCGUGGGACACUACAUGAAGAGAUUUGCCAAGACCAUUAGCAAUGUUCUGCUGUCCUAUGCGGAUAUUAUCUCAAGAGACUUUCCCAACCACUGCACCAAGGAGAAAGUGAAUGCAAAGGAUGGCGCUGUCAAGCCAUGCAUCCUCAUCAAUAAUAUCCAGCAGCUAAGGGUACAGCUUGAGAAGAUGUUUGAGGCCAUGGGUGGCAAAGAUUUGAACGUUGAAGCUAGCGACAUCUUGAAAGAACUCCAGGUGAAGCUCAACAAUGUUUUGGAUGACCUUGCAAGGAUCUUUGCCACAAGUUUCCAACCAAACAUUGAAGAAAAUGUCAAGCAGAUGGGUGACAUACUUAGCCAGGUGAAGGGGACAGGAAACGUGCCAGCAAGUGCUUGCAGCAGCGUGGCACAGGAUGCCGACAACGUCCUCCAGCCCAUCAUGGACUUCCUUGACAGCAACCUCACGCUGUUUGCCAAGAUCUGUGAGAAGACAGUGUUGAAGCGAGUGCUGAAGGAGCUUUGGAAGCUGGUGAUGAACACAAUGGAGAAGACGAUUGUUCUGCCACCUUUGACUGACCAAACGGAGCAUAUGGUUCGUGAAGAGGCCAAGGCACUGUCCCCUAAACAGUGUGCAGUGAUUGAGUUAGCACUGGAUACUAUAAGGUGGCAAUACUUCCAUGCUGGAGGUGUGGGGCUGAAGAAGACGUUCCUGGAGAAAAGUCCAGAUCUGCUGUCCCUGCACUACGCCCUGUCCCUCUACACUCAGGCCACUGACAAACUCAUCAAGACCUUUGUUCAGUCCCAGAAUACACAAG